AUGGUGGCUGUCGUGGUCUCAGUCGUAGGCGUGGUGGUGGUGGUGGCAGUGGUGGUGGUAGUGGUAAUCGUCGUCUUCACCCCGUGCGUUGCCGCGAUCACGGCGCUCAGGGCGUUGAGCAUGGCGGCCAACCUUACAAAGCAGGUCGGCAUGGAGCCCAGCAGCCUGAGGAAUGCGGAGAACCAGCACGUGGACCAGUCUGAGGCCAGCGGGCUUCAGACGGAGAUCGCCAAGGUGGAUGGCGAGCAGCGCACAGACGGCGCAGAGCGGGGGUCCAUGGAGGCCCCAGAGACCACAGAGAGCAAGCGCGGCGCCGAGCACUCCUGGCGCACAUUCGGCCAGGACUGCCAGGCCAGCGCGCAUGGCCUGCGAGCGUUGGCCCUCUGCGAUGGGCGGCACGGCCUCGCCUUAGAGGUCGGCGCAGCGCAGCUCGAGCAGUGCUUCGGCGCGACGGUCGCACAGGUCAGCGUGAAGGGCAAGAUCGUAGUGGCUAGCGCCGCGUCCGACGAUGAGGCGAAGAGCGGUCUCGUCACGACUGGCCUCCGCGACGCCAUGGCCAGCAAGGCUGCGCUGGGCAAGCGGCGGGGCAAGGGGCCGCAGCUGCGCGAGGGGCUUGCGCAGAGGGCCGAAAUCGACCGACCGCUCCAGGAGAAGCUCGCCGACGCCAUCGAGGCCACGCGAGAGGCCAGGAGGCUCCACGCCCAGGUCGCAGGGCACUUGCACUCUUUCCUGGCCGACGCCCUGGCGUGGAGGGCCGCGAACCUGCAGAGCGGCAGAGCACGCGACGGCGCUGCCGCACGCGGCAAGGAUCGAUGCGCGAAAGCCCGUCCGCGGCCCCAAGCCCGGCUGGUGGAUGCGGGGCGUCCUGGCGCGGGAGGCGGCGAGGCUGGGCAGACCGCCCGAGGCCGUGGACGAGCAGAUGGCACGCGUGCAGGGCUUCGUGCGCAAGCACUCGGUCGCCGUGCGGGGUCCGAGGACUAUGCCACCGCCAGUGGCGUCAGCCCCUCCUGCAGAACAGCACGGAGGGUUCAAAGAAGCUCGUCCGUCAAUGCCACAAGCUGGCUGGCGCGCCGCAACUCCACCGCCGCGCAGUUCGUUGCGCCCGACCUGGGCGGCUCGAUCACCAUCGGCGUCCGCGGCCUCUUGCGCAUGUUCAUGGACUGCCAGCUCAGGCGCCUGAAGGAUCCUGACUGCGGCUGUCUUAGAGGACGUGGUGCACGAGGUGGCCUGUGCACACUCGGCCGAGGUCACGGGCACGAGGCCGCAGGCCCCCGCCGACCAGGCCACUGA